AUGGUGUUGAUCACAGAUGCAGUCAUAGCCAGAUACACUAGUAAGUUAGCUGAUCUGAUUGAAGACAGGGUGAUGAGAGCCCUUGGUGUAUCACAACAUCUUCAAGUGCUCAAAGGUCGUCUGGACUACAUGAAGAGCGUACUUGUUGAUGCUGAGGUGAAGAGGAUCCAUGAUAGUGCCAUCAACACCUGGCUGAACAAGCUGAAAGACAUCAUAAUUAAGGACAUUAACGAAAGACUUGAGAGAAUUUUGAAGGAAAGAGUUAUGCUUUGGUCGGAUAGAAUUAUCCCUGAGCAUACUAGCGUUCCUAAUGUAGACAUCAGACUGAUUCUUUUGCCAGAUGUUGUUGUUGGGGCAGAUAUUGUAAACAGUACCAAUGAGAUGGUUGAGAAACUGAUUGCUUUCAGAGAUGUGGAUUCAAAAUUUUGUGUUUUUGGCAUCGAAGGGAUGCCAGGAAUUGGUAAAACAACCUUAGCUAAGAAGAUAUAUAAUGAUCCAAGGAUAGAGGAGUUUCAGCUCAGGAUUUGGUUAUGUAUUACUGAAACUUUUGCUGAGAUCAAUUUUCUGAAGCAGAUGAUCCGGGAAGCUGGAGGAAGUGCGGAGCAGCAAACCACAGAGCGGAACUUCUCCCAAAUUCAUAAGGAUGCAAUUUCUUACUGGUGGGCUGCUGAAGGCUUGGUGAGCCACGAUGACCUUGUCAGAAGGAGCCUCUUGCAGCUACACCCAAGUUAUCUUGACAAGAGCAGAUCUACAACGCACGACCUUCUAAGGUCACUAUCCCAGUAUCUGUCAAAAGAUGAGUCUAUGUUCAUUGAUGCACGCACGAUUACAGAUUCUGUAUCAAUGUUGCGCCAUGUGGGGAUUGCUAAUGUUGGAGAGAGACUGCCAGCUGCACUGAAAAAGAUUGUCCGUUUGCGUACGCUGGCACUGUUUAUCAGCCCAAACUUUUCUAUCAUAAAUGGUGAAUUGUUCAGGAGGCUCAAACAUCUUCACAUUCUCAUUCUUAGUGAGACAAGCAUCAGGGCAGUCCCUAAAUCUAUAAAGAAUUCGGUGCAUCUGAGGGUUCUGGAUGAAUUCGGUGCAUCUGAGGGUUCUGGAUCUCAGCUUCACAAAACUCCAGGGAAUCCCAAAGUCAAUAGGGCGACUUCUAAAUCUUCACUAUCUUUCAUUGCUGGGUUGCAGAAGAUGCAAAUGAACCCUCAGCAGAUCCUCCUGAUGCCACAUCUCAAGCGCCUUAUGCUCAUCAACUGCCCCAAACUACAAGCUCUUCGAAGAGGUUGCAAAUCUGCCUGCAGUGGUCUGGCUCAAGGUCAGGAACAACAAAAGUUUGAGAGGGCUCUCCAAUCUGAGGAGUUUGGAGAGAUUGCUUGCCCAAGACUGUCCUGCACUAGGAAUUCUGAAGCUACAGAAAGUUUUCUUGGUAGACUGUCAUAUGGAGGAAGACAUAAGGGCAUGCUUUACCACAACAUUUGGGGGCUACAUUCUUCAACAACCGGCGGUGAUGACAGGGAUAUGUUUCCUAAUGAAUCGAUAUACAACUAA